AUGGUCUGCAUCUGCUCCCUUCCAACACUGAGCCUCUGCAAGAAAUUACUUGUAUUAAGAGGGAUUCUUCCUCUACUUACGAACCAUAUUCCUUUAACUAUGAAUUUUCUCUCACCGAAUUCAUCUCUAUACUUUUCCUUUAAGUGCCUCCUUUUCCGUCGCAUGGAUGCUAAAAUGUCAACAAAUCUUGUCAAGCCUUCUGUAUCCAGACAAAAAAACUCUAUAGUUCUUUGCUAUAGUAAAACAUCUAUAGUUCUUCAUUUUAAAGAAUUCCGCUAUAUGAUGCUUUAUAUUAUUGUACUGGCAGGAGACAAAGAGCAUAUUAUAAAAUGCCAAGUAAGGUCACUAUAG